UUUUUUUGUUUCACACACAAACAUUCAAUCUCCUCUUGUCCUAAGCACAUCCAGCACAUAAUCAGAAAAACAAAAAACAAAAAACAAAAACAAUAUAAAUAAUCAUGACCACCACAUCCCCCUUAGUCAACCUGACAGAACUCGCCAAGGAUCGAUCUUCCAUGUCUGGCUCUGUCAUAUCCAAGCAGCACACAGAAUACUCUGAGAGGUCUGAGCCAAGGUCCAUGCCAAUGGAUUAUACUAGCAAUGGACACGGAUCCUACUCGACUCGUCAUCAGAGUCACUAUCAAGACCAUGCUGGAGCUCAUCCCAGCGAUUAUUAUAACCAGCAGCACUAUGCCAACGGUCAUAGUCACCAUUCCUCCUCUUCAUCACACUAUCCUCAUAGCUCCAACAGCUCACACCUGCCACCUCCAAUCCAGACUGUUCCCUUUGCUAACCAAAGUAACGGCAGCAACGGAAAUAAUGACCCCGUAUAUGCCACACAACACGGCCAUGCCCAAUCCGUCCACAAUUCCUUUGUCUCCCCUACUUCUUCUGCGUCAUCCUCCCAUUUGUCGUCGAAUGGUGCCCAUACUUAUCAUCAACAGAGUCAUGAAUAUGAUUACCCCCCAUCGCAACACCAUGCGUAUCAUACCCAUGACUCAUCAUACCCUCAAGAUCAUCACCAACAUCCUCUAAGUCCCUCCAAUGAAGCAAAUGGUCACCAUUUUUACAAUGGUCAUCCUGCCCCAAGUGGGAAGGUGGACGGAGGCAAUGGAUCUUAUUCAUCCUCAGCAUCAUCCUCACACUAUUCAAGAAACCACACCUAUAACACUAGUGCCCAUGGCUACAGCAACAGUAAUGCUCAUUACCAAAGUCAUGGUAGUAUCGAUGGCGCUCCCUCUGAAGGCUAUGGGGCGGGCGUGGGCAAUGGCCAAGAUGGUAUGCUCGGCAAUGGUAGUACCAAAUCUGAUUCGUCUUCAAUGGUUUAUUCGACCUCAGCACCCUCUCCCUCCAUGGGUCAUUCAAGGCCAAAGCGACGGUCCGAGAUGCUGGCUCAUCAAGAGAGCCCAUAUUUCAGCCCUGCUCUUCAGCACUAUAACCUCUACAGCGUUGAUCAGUCUAUGAGCUACAACAUUAAGAUUGCAGCAAAGAUUGAUCGGGGAUUCUUUUUAGCUGCGAACGAUUGGACCUGUUACCGCCGCAACUAUUUUCAACUCAGUGCCGCAUUUUCCAUCAGUGGGCUCGAUCCUGCCAUUCAUCCCGAGGUGCCUUGUCUCUUGGACAGAAAUGGCGAGCUGCUCUCUGUCAGGGCCUUUUCAGUUUGCAUUGGCGCUCGCAUCCAGAGCGGUGAUAAGGUGAUUGAAUUGGUCCAACAUACCCCAAAGCGCGACAAAGGCCCUCAAAUAACGCCACGCCCUACUCUCAUCAGAGCAGGCGGCGAUCUUUCCUUAAACUCGUCCGGAUCUAAUCCAAAUGUAGUCACUUUUGAGCGAGUGCAAUUCAAAACGGCAACUGCAAAUAAUGGUAAGCGGAGGGCCGCUCAACAGUACUAUCAGGUCCAUGUCGAUCUUUUUGCAGAGUUGGACAACGGUGACUUGGUCCUCGUGGCAACAUCAGUCUCUGCCCCAUUGGUUGUCCGAGGCCGUUCUCCUGGACACUAUGCUGACAAUGAUGAUACUCCUAUGGAGAACGUUCAUGGAGGGGAUGCUCGCCAUCAUUACAGGAAUGACAGUAUCAGCAGUGGAGGGGGUGGAGGGGUUGGGCCUCUGGGGUCCCCAGCCUCUCCGGGUGAAUACCCAUAUUACUCAAACUAUGGUUAUGGUUCCUCAUAUCCAUAUCAAUCUCUAGGCUCGGCCUCUCAUCUUGCUGCGCAAUCUCAUGAAUCAAGCUACUAUGACCGUAAGAAUAAUGAAUCCUAUCCAGCGAGCCCUCUAUCGCCUGCGGGACUCCAUCCUGGGGAACCAAUGUCACCAGACAUGUACAGUCCAUCAGGGUUUGUUGGGCGCGAUUCUCCCUCGUAUAGUCGAUUUGCUCAGAUGUCAAACCACCACUCUGGAACAUAUAGUCAAUACUCAUCAUCCUAUGGCAGUCAGUCGCAUCAUGACAUGUAUAGAGAUCAGGAACAUGAAACCCAAAUGGCUGGCUUGCGUAUCCACUCGCCUACAAGCCCGAUGCCAUCAAGUACUGCUGCCUCUCCAUCUGUGACCCCUCGCCGACAAUCGUUUAGCUCUAGUUUGAUCUCUAAGAAUACUGAGCGUGGUUUUGGAGGCUCGACCACGCGCAAGUCGCGCUCUAUUUCCCUCUCUGGGACAACGACGACCACUACAGUUAGUAAGCUAUCGGUGAAUAAGGCAAGGCCUGUACGAACUGUGCCAGUGACGCCCACUAGAGACCUUGGAGGGAAGAGCAGCCAUGGUUAUUCCAAAGAUCGUAUACCAGAGUCGCUUAUGGAGGAACAGCAUUAAUAUAUCGUCGAUAUUCUGUGUAUACCUAAACUUUUCCAUUCUUCUUCAUUUUUUAUUUUUUAACGACAUGUUCCUUUGAACAAAAAAGUUGCGCUGUUUUUUUUUUCUCUUUAUUUUUAUUUUAUUUUUAUUUUGGGAAACUGGCAGAGUAUGUAGACUAGUAUGCUCUUUUUUUUAUUAUUAUUGAAUCAAAAGAAAGAAAAAAAA